AUGAGUAACGCUCUCCCUACCCGUGAAAAAAUUGAUCAGGCCUUCAACUUGCCUUCAACUCUAUGUCCAAUUUGCGAUAAAGAGAGUGAAUCGUCCUUACACCUGCUUUGGAAUUGUGACUACGCCUCAGCCCUUUGGUUUGGCUGCUGCUGGGGUAUUAGAACUGAUAUCCGUAACUUCAGAAAUUGGGAAGAAUGGACGAAUUGGUUCGAGUGCAACAGAAACAGACCUGCUACUCUCAGCUUUAAUGAUUUCAUGACGGGUGCACUGUGCAUCUUCGACGUCAUUUGGAAAGUGAGAAAUGAAGUUAUUCAUGGUGGCCAUCUCCUCCAAAUUUCCAAGGCAAUGAGUAUUGCUAGUAUGCGCCUCAACGAUCAUCUAGCUUGCAAAAUGGAUCAACCAGCGACUACAGCAGCAUCUGUUCUUACUCCACCAUCAGGGUGGCUAAACUGCUGCUCUGAUGUGAAUAUUGAUUCAAAUCAUUCCUUCGGUGCAGCAGUGUUCAGAGACUCAAUGAAUCGAAUCUGUAGCGUUGUUACAGAUCGCUUCCCAGUGACAGACCCUGCUCUAGCCGAAGCUUCAAUGUUGUUGAGUGCAGCUAAGCAUGCAACUCAAUCGAAUUACAGUUCAGUGAACUUCUUUUGCGAUAAUGUUUGUGCUGUGUCCAACAUUCUCAAAGCUCAUGGUACCCAUCAUAACAUUAACUUAGAAGGAGUUUCCACACAUUUUCAAAUGUUAACUGCCCAAUUUGCGAACUGGAGUGUCCAAAAGAUCAACAGGAAGGAGAAUUUCAUGGCACAUAAUGAUGCAAAAUGGGCUAAAAUCAACUCUGCUAUUGGGAAUAUUCAGGUCUCUUCCAUGGAUCCAAAGGUCUUCGAAGACUACAAGGAAUGGUGGCCAGACCCAGGGUAG